GUUUAACCCUUUCUUUGUCAUAAGUCGCUCGUCCGUCGACAACAUUACUGGUCAUCGCGAACACAAAUUUCUCACGAUGGCGACCGCCACGAUGACGGUGAAGCCAGAGACUCUGGCAAAGAGGUCGAAAUUGCUUCCCGAAAAUGAGCGAUUCCUACGCGCUUGCUCUGAUGUUGCGAAUGUUCUCAUUCAGGAAUAUGAAGCUAGUCGAGAUCCUAUGAGGCCCAAGAAAGACAUCAACCUCAACAAGCUGCGGGGUCAAAUUGCCAAAAAGUAUUCGCUGGCCGCGCAACCACCUCUGACUGCAAUCAUCGCAGCUGUCCCUGAGCAUUAUAAGAAAUAUAUUCUACCCAAAUUGGUUGCCAAACCUAUCCGUACCUCGUCUGGAAUCGCGGUUGUUGCAGUGAUGUGCAAACCACAUCGUUGUCCACACAUCGCAUAUACUGGAAAUAUCUGCGUCUACUGCCCAGGUGGCCCCGACUCUGAUUUCGAAUACUCCACUCAAUCAUAUACCGGCUACGAGCCGACGUCCAUGAGAGCUAUUCGAGCCCGGUACGAUCCUUUCGAGCAGGCCCGAGGACGUGUGGACCAGUUGAAGUCGCUUGGACACAGUGUAGACAAAGUUGAAUAUAUUAUUAUGGGCGGCACCUUUAUGUCACUUCCGGAGGACUACCGUGAUUCCUUCAUAUCGCAGCUUCACAAUGCGCUCAGCGGCUAUCAGACCGACAACGUCGACGAGGCCGUGCAAGCGGGCGAGAUGAGCAAUAUCAAAUGCGUGGGUAUCACAAUCGAAACCCGUCCUGAUUAUUGUUUGGAUCAGCAUUUGAGCAGUAUGUUGCGAUAUGGAUGUACUAGGCUGGAAAUAGGAGUUCAGAGUCUGUAUGAGGAUGUUGCUCGAGAUACCAACAGAGGCCACACGGUUGCUGCCGUUGCAGAGACAUUCAAACUCGCAAAGGAUGCUGGUUUCAAGGUGGUCAGUCACAUGAUGCCUGACUUGCCGAAUGUUGGUAUGGAGCGAGAUCUUGAUCAGUUUGUGGAAUAUUUUGAGAACCCGGCUUUCCGUACGGAUGGAUUGAAGAUCUAUCCUACGCUUGUGAUCCGAGGUACAGGUCUAUACGAAUUAUGGAGAACGGGACGCUAUAAAAACUAUACCCCAAACGCCCUUAUUGACAUAGUAGCACGAAUUCUUGCGCUGGUUCCUCCAUGGACCCGUAUUUAUCGAGUGCAGCGUGAUAUCCCUAUGCCGCUGGUUACCUCCGGUGUCGAGAAUGGAAAUCUUCGUGAGCUUGCCCUGAGUCGCAUGAAGGACUUUGGAACGACAUGCCGGGACGUGCGAACGCGAGAAGUCGGUAUCAACGAAGUCAAGAAUAAGAUCAGACCCUCUCAGAUCGAACUUGUCAGGCGAGAUUACACCGCAAAUGGCGGUUGGGAAACAUUCUUGGCCUACGAGGAUCCCAAACAGGAUAUCCUCAUUGGUCUUUUGCGCUUGCGCAAAUGCAGUGCUACUCACACGUUCCGUCCUGAGCUCACGGGUCAACAAACAAGUCUCGUACGAGAAUUGCAUGUCUACGGCUCUGCUGUGCCAUUGCAUGGUCGAGACGCUCGCAAAUUCCAGCAUCGUGGAUUUGGUACUCUUCUGAUGGAGGAGGCUGAACGCAUUGCUAGGGAAGAGCAUGGUAGUAAGAAGAUUAGUGUCAUUUCUGGCGUUGGUGUCCGAAGCUACUAUGCGCGUCUCGGAUAUACGCUUGAUGGACCCUAUAUGUCGAAAAUGUUGGAUGAUGAAGAGUAGAUGCUUCGCCCAAGACUUCGGGGCCUAUUGUAUAGCAAAUCCUAACGCAAUCGCAUUUCAAGGCGCUUUUGGGGCAUUUCUGGGUGUUUUGUCUUGUGGCUGAACAUGGCUUAUCCAUGUAUGAAAAACUAUGUUUACGAUGUUAGAUAUGAAUAUAAAAGUU